GAGGGAAAAGCCGGGGAUCGACUCGUCCCGGGGCGGGUUGGUCCCGGCUAUGACCGGGCGCUGAUGCUAACUGACCCGUGAAAAAUGACUUCUGAGGUCUUGUGAGGUCGGGUUACCGUUCAGCCAUGUUGCAGGAGAGGGGGCGGGAGGGAAGAGGAGCGGAGGUGUGUGUGUAACAGUGUGUAACAGUGUGUGUGUGUAUGUGUGUGGUCGCGCGCUGACACCUGCCCCUGUUCCCGGUAACGAGAGGCAGCGCGAGCGGAAACCGUUAGAGCCGUUCGGAACUGAACAUCCCAAAACCCCGCGAGAUGACUUUCUGACUCGGCGUGCCGGGGAGUGUGAGCGCCGUUCAGCCAUGUUGCAGCAGGAGGGAGACGGAGGGAGAGAGGUCAAUGAGAGGCAGCAACAGCUCGCUGUGAAGAGCAAAUCCUCCCUCUCCUCUCUUCUCCACCAUGAUCUCCUCUCUUCCAUACGUUAGCCUUCUUAUUUUAGCAGCACUGCCUUCCUCCUCCUCUUUCUCCUCCUUUUCUUUCUCUCUUGCCCUUCUCUUUCUCUGAGUUUUGACUCUUGAUUUUUCCUGUUUUAUUUAUUUUUUUGUUUUUUCCGUCAAACACACACGCACACACUCUUGUGAGAUGAAGCGUGGGUCGAGUGUGUUGCAGCCUCCCUCUGAUGCAGCCAAACGACACACACACCCCGCUCUGACAAAGACACACUCCGGUGAUGAGGCUUUGUCGAUGAGUGUGUGUGACGCGCGCGCCGCAGGUUCGAGUCCAUUCCCAGCAGCCACCUCUCUGUUCUGCCCUGAUGUCAGCACCAAGAUGGCGUCUGACCUCCUCAUCAGGCUUUCAGAGGCCACCCAGAAGGCCCAGAUGCAUCCUGGGAGCCAGGAGGAGGCGGAGCAGCAGGACGAACCCGGCGUCGCCCUGUCGCCGGACGGCCCCGGUGCGAGUCCCGAGCCGCCGUCGCUGACCCACACCCCGGAGGGAAACGCUGUCACAGACACCCUGGCCUCAGACCUGCUCAGGAAGCUGGCAGAGCGCCAGGAUGUCAGCGGCCACAUGUUGAGGCUCAAAGAGGAAGAGGAGCCUCUGGAGGUCGACGCCAUGACCCCAAGUCAGCCGGUCGUCAAGGAGACGACUCAUUCCACCUUAAGGAUGGCGAACCACCAUCUCUUCACUGUAAAACCAGAAAACCAGUUCCUCACCAGGAAUAACCCAGCUGACCAGUUGCACCCUGGAGCCAAUAUUUUGGACCAGUACAACUUUGGUCUAAAUGCAGCAGAUGGAUUUUCUUCCUCUAACCCAGCAGACUGCUUCUUGAACUCAUCAAACGGUUUUCAGUUUCAGGUGAAACUGGAGGAUUGUUCAGCUCCUGAAACCGCAGUGGAGGACCUGCUUCACCCCAGAGCCAAGAUGGACGACCUUCGUCCUGUCAAAGCAAAGAUUUCAGAGAAAACGUUCAAUGGAGCUAAGAUGAGCAACAAGUUUUUCUCUGGUAUCACGAAGGAGAGCCAGUUUCCUUCAGCGGCCAUGUUGGAGAACGGGAUUGUAUCUGGAGCCAAGAUGGCCGCUCAGGUUUUCUCUGGAGCGAAAAUAGAGGAGCAUUUUUUCUUUGGAGCCAAGAUGGAGGACGAGUGCCUGAGAGCAGUCCUGUGGCAGGACAUGUCCGUCAACCUGGCCUCUACGCUACUGCAUCAGCUCUCCGAGAAGGUCAGUAAGUCCAGCUGUCAGCAGGUGGAGAGGAUGGCUCCGCCCAUCAGAAGCAGUCCUGCUCUGAAGAUCAACAUGGACCCUGUCCCUUCCUCUCCACUGUUGAGCGCCAGAGAAACCCCACAUGAAACGCAAACCAACGUCGUUAGAGAUCAAACCUGGGGUUCUUCUUACUUCUUCAGGUGUCACGUGUGCGGCUUUGAGACGGAGGGCCACGCCCUUUUCAAGAGUCACAUGACGGAGCACCGCCAAUGGGAACACGGCUCCUUCUCGCUGCACUGCUGCAGGUGCGACCAUUCGACCAAUCAGGAGGCGGAGAUGAUGGCCCAUGUGGACACGCACAUACACGGCGACACGGGAGAAAUGAGACGCCCGGCUCCUCUCCCCGCCGCCCCCAGCCGAGCUCUGCCGGUCGCCGUGGCAACGCAGCCAGAGCAGAGCACCUCCGAGCAUCGCUGCCGCAUCUGCCAGAGGUCGUUUCCCGGGCAACCGGAGCUGCUGGCCCACUUCCAGGGUCAUCGCCAGGGCAACCAGUACCGGUGCGACCGCUGCGGCCACCUGACGCGGACGGCCAACAAGCUGGUGGAGCACGUGCGCGUCCACACGGGCGAGCGGCCGUUCACCUGCGGCCUCUGCCCCUACAGCGCCAAGCGGCGGGACAGCCUGCGGCUGCACUGCAAGGUGAAGCACGCUAACGCUAGCGCCAGCGCUAACGCCGACGUGCACACUCACCGGACCUACGCCCCCCACGGAGACGGUCAGCGCUCCAGCAAACACGUCCGGCGGCUGCACACCGCCUCCUCUCUUCCUCGCCCUGCUGCUCCUCCUCUCCCUCCGCUGCUCUCCGACCGCGCAGGAUGGAGGGAUUUAUCUCCUCUCCUCCCCAUCACAACACUCAUCUCUCUGAAACCUCGCUCCUAUUUCUCCUCCUCCUCCUCUUCCUCACCGCCCUGCUCCAACAAACACUCCUUCCUGGGUUACCUCGGCCUCACUUCUUUGUAAAUGUUUGCUCUCCUCUCAUCCUCCCUCCCUUCUGUCCGUCCUCUGGACUAUAAAGCGAUGGAUGUAAAGUCACCCAGCACUACGUAUGAGAAUGUCAAACAGCGCUCACAUAGGGAAUGUUUUCUAUUUAUUCUACUUUUGCAUCAAGCUCGUGGUUUUGCCUGCUUUACUCUUUCAUAUAGCCACUCUACUCUUAGCUAGGUGACCGUGGGACAUAUUUAUCUAUCGCCCGUCUCUCGUCCUCCAGAAAUACCGAACCUAAAGAUCCGGAUUAUUUCGUAGUGAAAAACUGUUUUAUUUGGAUGAAAAGCCUUUCUGAAUGAAGUCUGGUUAGUCACUGAAGGAAAGGUCAGAUUAGAUCAGAGGAGAUGCCUCCAGUUUACAGAAAAUCAAGCUGAGCAACAUUUUUUAAGUUCGUCUUUCAGAGAAGAGAAAGCUAUCAUGAAGUUAGCGUCGCUUAGACAGCAGCUAGUCGGAUAAAAGAGUUAUCCGACUAGCUCACAAUGACAUGAAAAAGAUCUUUAUUUACAUUUUAUGAAGAACAAAUUCAAACAAAAAUCACAGUUUUGUACAAAGUCUUUAUGAUUCGAGACUAAAAUCAGAUUAAACAUGCAAAUAGUGUGAGAAUAAAAUCAUAUUAAUACGACACUAAAGUCAGAAUAAUACGAGAAUAAUGUAAUAAUGUGAGGAUAAAAUGAUAAUAACCUCUCUAUACCAUGACUGCAGGGUUCUAGUGUAAUGACCAACUUUCUGUUUGUUUCCGUCUCAUUUUGUGUGAAGUCGCCUCCAAACUUACUGUCUGAUUUUUAUUUCCUCUUGACUUUAACUUGAAAUCAUAAAAAUAUUUUAAAAACUUUUUUUCCUUAUCUUAUAAAUUAAAAGAGCUAAAAUCCAGACUAAAAAUGUUAACCUUCUUUUAGUUAAAUGUUAGGAAUCCAGAUUUCCUGUAGUUAAUUAAUAUCUCACUCAUUAAGGGCUAACUAUCAUUAUUUAAGGUAACCGGUAUCAUCAAAUCCAUGAAGUGCUUUUAUUUUGUUCUCAGCUGUAGUUUUUCUACUUCCUGUUGGGAGUUUCAGUCGUUGCCUUGUCUUUGUCGCUCCAGGAUUUUUAGGGAUUCGUUGUUUCUGGAGGAUGGUGAUGAAAUUUCUGAUACCUGUGUUGUGUAUUGAUGAUGUAUUUGUGUUUACAUAACAACAUGAGGCUCUACGGAGUACAAAACAUCUCGAAAGUUGCACUAAAAUGUUGGUUUUCCGAGACGAGAGAGGAAUCAGUUUAGACAUUUCUUUAUUUUAUUACAAUCACUGAAACACUCAAAAAGCCAAAUAAACCCACAUAUUUACAUUAUAUCCCAUUUUAACAGUUUAUUAACGGUUUAAUUAAAUAUAAUAUCAGGAAUCAGAAACAUAAACAAAUGGGCAGACCUAAUUAAAGUAAUAUUGUAAAUUUUCUCACUUUCCAACCUGAAUGAAGCAAAAAAAACAAAUAUAUCUUUUUAAACCCUGUUAUUUUUUUAAAAGUGUUGAUCAAAACAUGGAGGAUUGUGCAAUUUACCUUUUCGCAUAUUUUUAUUUAUAGAUUUAUUCACAUGACUUUAUUAUCACAGCAUGACAGCAAGUGAUUCUUCCCCUAGAGAAGAAUCAUUUAAUCUGCUUUAUUAUUUUUCAAAAACCUGGAGGUGUGUUGGGCAUAAACAAAUACAGAAACUGCUUUUGUAUUUUUUCAACUCAAUAUUUUAUUGAAAAACAACAAAAGACAACACACCAGAUGACAAACUUUAAUUAUCUUUAAUUAUUCACAUCUUCUGAAUUCAGCAGGAAGACAAACAUAUUUUUAAUGAGAUAAAACAGAAAAACAAUCAUCAGUCCUAUAAUUUACUGUUUAAUUUCACAUUUCUGAGGAAUUAUUUGAAAUCACUGAAGACAAAAGCAAAAAUUAGCUUUAAAUGGUUCUAAUCUUUAAGCCUCAUUCAGUUAUAAACAUUUCUGUAAAAUAAAACAUACAUUUCAUUCAAUUCAAGUUAAUUAUAUUACACCCAUUCACAUCAACCUAAUUCAUUUCAAUACAUAAUCUUAAUCUGCUUCGUGUCGUUCCAUGUAUGCAUGGAUUUUUUAAAAACACUUGACAUGUUUGGUCUAAACAUGAGGAAACUAAAUUUUUGAACAUCAGGUCCUGUAACGUCUUUAAAUGUUUGCAUGUUGUGUUUUUAUGAAAGUUUCUGCUAUCAAAGUUCAGGUACAUAAGUGAGAAAUUCACAGAGUCCUGCUGGAUCAUGACCAGGAACGUUACUUUUCCCUGAGAUCAUCGUCUUGUUUUGUUUUCUUUGUCAAAAUAAAGGAUCAGCUGACUGUCGGCUGACAAUAUCAUAUGAGAGCCCUUAAGUGUUUAAAUAACGAUUGACCAAAUUUAUAUCGCUUCUCAUUAUGACUAGAACAGAUCAGCAACAUUUACGGGUCAAAGAGCCACUUUUCCUCUCGCUGCUACAAAAUAAAACUUUACAUGAGCUGCUGGAUUUACCUGUAAUCCACCUAAACCAAAAAUUAGCUACAUAUUAGCAGAAUUAUGCUGAGCACUAAUCAAUACUAACCCAUAUGCAAUGCUUCUAUUCAUCGGUUACAAUUAAUUUGCAAAAAAUUUAUUUCAAUUUAAUUUCACUAACUUUCUUUCCAAGUUAGAACUAAAGAAAAAUUAGCUAGCUGUUAGCUCAUUAGCUACUAACUGAUGUACAAUGGUUACAUCCAUUGGUACCUUAAAAUAGCGCCUUAAAAUUUAUCUUGAAAAUUUUGAUUAAGGGGAAAAUAAAUGCUAAACAUUUUCAAUGUAAGCAAAAAAUACUAAAUGAAAAAUUAGCAAGUUGUUACCGUAACAGGAAGUGAGUCUACCACUGCUUAAACCGUAAAUAUUUGUUUCAAUAUCUGGUGUGCUGUCUAUUUGCUGUUUUUGGGGAACAUUUUGAUUUAAAUAACUUAUUUUGUUUGAUAUGUUAGCAUCCAUCUGUUUUCUGUAAUCAGGGCAGAAAAAACAUUUAAAUUUUGACAUUUUUUUGUUGUUUUUUGCUUCCAAAUUUAACCUUGGAUGAACUUCAAUCACCUUAAAAUUCCUUAUGUACCAAAAGUUUUUAUUCUUUUUGCCUUUUUUGACUUCAUUUUCAUGUUUAGACUGAAUGUAACGCGGCUUUUCUGUGACCCAGCAUGUCUUAAGAGCAGGUUCGUAAUGAAAAUAACUCACUUUAGACAGGAACAGCCUUCCUUCCUCGCUCCCUGACAACAGGACGUAAUUAUAUGAAUGUUUCAGCUCACCACGUUUUACUGCUUAUGUUGUUGUGGUUUGCUGCAGAUUCAUGAGAUGCAAUCUGAAUAUUUCUAAGCUUUUUAUUUAUUCAUGUUUUUGUUGCACAAUGCGCAUGUGCAGAAGAGACAAUAACGUGUGCAGGAAGGACGAGACAAACCUGCACACCGGUGUUUUAAUAUGAAAUCUAAUCAAUGGUGCUGGACUCUGCACGUCUCUUUUUUUAACACUUUAUUUACUCACAGAUGCAUGAAAUAGUAGAAACAUUUUGUCUGUGGUUCACCUUUCAUUUCCUGGGUUUCUCUGCUGUAUCCUGUAACUGUUUGCUGCUGCGAUGAUCAAUAAUAAACUUUAAUUUCAUCCGG